ACAUAAAAAAAAAAAAAACAGAGAGAGAGAGAGAGAGAGAGAGAGAGAGAGAGAGAGAGACUGUGUGUGCUUCUCUGAUUUCAAAGUCGAUCUCUCCGCAAUCAGUCACCAUUAACCUCGACGCGAACAAGCACCGCCCUUUCUUUCCCUCCUCUACCUCGGCUUGCUCCUCUCUUAUCUUCAUCCCUUCCCCCUAUAUACCCUCUUCUCCUCUCCCUUUCCUCCCACUUUCUAUUUACAGUCCUCCUUCACCUCCCCCGACAUAGCCGAUUUGAUUGAUUUAGGAGCACACGCGCCCAUCAGACAGGGAAGCUGAUUCAUUCGUUGUCCCGAAAAGGGGAAGAGCAACGAUACCCCCCCACAUCGUCAAUUCGGAUCGAAUUUUGAGGAAGGUCCCACCCCAGAACCGCAAUUCGGCAGCAGAAGCAAAUGUGGGUCGAUCAUGAUCCCGAGAACAAGUCGAAGAAGAAUGAUGCCCAUGCCCCAACAGCAGCAGUAGCCUGAGAUUUGAUCAAUUCCCAAUUCGUUCGAGAAAUUUCAAUUCUGUCUUUUUUUUUUUUUUUUUCCUUCGUGGGGAUUUUGUUUAUGUAAAUGCAUCAGAAGAAAUCAGAGGUACAGAUCGGAAAAGAAAGCAGCGGCGUCUCUUCCGAUUUCAACCCCAUCCCCUCCUCCUACCCCACCAAGCAAUUCAACCUCCACCACCACCACCACCACCAACACGCCACGCCGCCGCCUCCCCCGUCCCCUCAGCACCACCAGAACCUCAUCCCGACCCUUAACUCCCCGCCCUCCUCCAUCCACCACCACCUCCACGACCACUACGCCAUUCAUGUGCAGAAUGACCCGAUUGCCCCUCCGUCCACUCCUUACAAGCGGCCCCUUCUGACCCAGACGCCCUCUUCCCUCGCCAAGUCGCCCACCCUCUACCGCCUCCACCACUCACCGCCCGAUCGCAAGCCCCAUAAGGCCCCUUUCCUGCCGCUCUCGGUCGUGGUCGCCGCGAAAUCGUCGGCCUUCCGCCUUGUCCGUCGGCUCAAGCACAUCCGUCGCCUCCGGGCCCACCUCCGCCUCAUCCUCCUCCUCUCCCUCCCCUUCUUCUACUUCCUCGUCUCCCACCCCAGCCACUCCUUCCUCCUUGAUUUCCUCUCUGCCUUCGCCUUCUCCGCCGCCCUCCUCUUCUCCCUCAACCUCGCCCUCCCUCGGCUCCCCUCCAUCCGGCUGUUCUUUGCCCGCUCAUUCCCCAUCAAGCUCAGUGCCUCCAAUUCGAUCCCCGGGCAGCCUCUCCCGGUGUUCUGGUCGAUUGGUUCCCGCCCGAAACUCGAGAAGAGGGUGAAUUCGGGGUGCUGGGUCCAGGUGUACAGCAACGGUGACGUGUACGAGGGCGAGUUUCAUAAGGGCAAGUGUUCAGGAAGCGGCGUCUACUACUAUUACAUGAGCGGGAGGUAUGAGGGCGAUUGGGUAGACGGCAAGUAUGAUGGAUAUGGAGUGGAGACUUGGGCUAGAGGGAGUCGGUAUCGGGGCCAGUACCGUCAGGGUCUUAGGCAUGGCUAUGGAGUUUACAGGUUUUAUACAGGGGAUGUUUAUGCAGGGGAGUGGUCUAAUGGGCAGAGCCAUGGGUGUGGUGUUCACACUUGUGAGGAUGGGAGCAGAUAUGUUGGGGAGUUCAAGUGGGGCGUUAAGCAUGGGCUUGGCCACUACCAUUUCAGGAAUGGAGACAGAUAUGCAGGAGAAUAUUUUGCAGACAAAAUGCAUGGGUUUGGAGUAUAUAGCUUUGCAAAUGGGCAUCGGUAUGAGGGAGCUUGGCAUGAGGGAAGAAGACAGGGCCUUGGGAUGUACACAUUUAGGAAUGGAGAAACACAAUCAGGUCACUGGCAGAAUGGGAUUCUUGAUGUUCCAAGCACGCAGAGCACCACUGCUCCUGUAUCUCCUGUCGCUGUUUAUCAUUCUAAAGUUCUGAACGUAGUACAGGAAGCAAGGCGAGCAGCAGAGAGAGCCUAUGAUGUGGCGAAAGUGGACGAGAGGGUGAACCGGGCAGUCACUGCAGCAAAUAGAUCUGCCAAUGCUGCUAGGGUUGCAGCAGUGAAGGCUGUUCAGAAGCAAAUGCAGUACAAAAGAGGCAUUCCUCGUAUGCUCGAAUCAGAUCAGGUCAGUGGCCGUGGUGGAGUUCUCCCUUCUUUCCACGAUGCAGGAUAAGUUGGCUGAGGAAAUUGCCCGAAGAGGAGCACAGAGAAAAUAUGGUCGGGUAGGCCUUUCCUUUGGUUUUGCCCACUGUCUUUGUAUUGGGAGAAGGGGGAGCAAGAGAUGAUCUUUUGUCUUACUGUUCUUGCGGUUAGUAUGGUAAUAAAAGAUGAGCUAGUUGUGGUGUAUGUGCUCACUCAGCCUGUAAUGUUUGCUGCCAAAGUGAAUCUGCGACUGCUCGGCCUGCCCUUUCAAUUAAAAGUCGAGGAAUGCAGUGAAACUGCUCAAAACUUAAAUGCAUCCUUAAGGAAUUGUGGUCCAGUGGCGGUGCAAACAUCACCGUUUCGCUAGAGGUUUUCUCGGGGUUCCUUAGGCGCUUAGGCAGUUUCAAGCUGGGCUUUGUACCAUGGGAUAGCAGAUAGUCUGACUGGUGCAGCUGGAUGGUUCAGUAGUCGUACCGUCAAACUUCUCCUAGCCUACACAAAGGGUGAGGUCGAGGUUUGUCGUUGUCAUCCUUGAGGCAACUCUUCAUCUACAAAGUCAUCUUAAUAUUUACUAUAAAUUUAUCUUAUUAGACCA